UAGAAUGGUCAGUGUUGAAAAGUGGCGCAGAACCAUUUUAUUCAGGAAUGGUCAGUGUUGAAUAGUGGCGCGGAAUGAUUUUCGUAUCAUAACAUAUCGAUAACACCAGUCGUUCACCACAAAGCAGAAAAAUCCUACAGAAAAAAGGAAAUUAAUCUGUAGCUGAAAGAGUAAAUCAGUUAAUAAUGGAUUGCAACCCGCUGUCGCAGUUUAGCCAGCAGCUCUUUGCCUUCUUCACCCAACCGGAGGAUGAGUCGGCCGGCGAUGCAGGGGCUGUGGCUCCGUUGCGCUUGCGGAGAUGCGGCGAGAUCAUCCGCUACCACAACGAGAAUCUGGCCGAGCAGGGCGACCUCAGCCUGGCGGCCACCUCGCGCUACUGGCAGAACUUUGCCAAGAGGCAGGGUCGUGGUCUGCGCCGCGACAUGGAUGUCCUGCUGCCCGGCGAGGAGCAGCGCCAGGAGCUGGUGCGGCAGUCCAAGGAGUGGCGCUUCCCGCUUUGCGAGAUCACUCUGCUGCACAAGGAGCGCUAUGCCCUGCACUUCCAGCGCCGUCCGAUCAUCGACUAUGUUCUGAAGGCCGUGCUCAUCCAGGGCGCCGACUACGGGCGUCCCCAGAAGACGGAGCACUCGCCCACCAUGUGCCUGCGCUUGCAGGCCGAGGCGGGAGCCACCGAUGGCUCCCAGGAGCUGCGCUUCUAUCGCCUGCAGCAGCUCUACCAGAUCAUGCUCCGUCUGGUGGACUAUUCGCCCUGGCGCCUGGUCGAGGCCAAGGAUCAGAAGGAGGACACCCUCUUCGUGAACGUCGAGUUGCAGAAAUGCUCCCAGAUGGAGACCAAGAAUCAUGUCUGCCUCGUGAGCGGUCCUGUGCUGGAGCCCGUAAAGAAGACUGCUACUGCGAUGGUCUUAGACAACUACUUGGAGAUGCGCUCCAUGCACAUGCGUCUGAUGGCCAUGCACCGCAAUGGAAUCCGUCCGGCAGGCUUGUGCAACAUUGACGUGCUGAUGAAGCGUCUGGGAGCAGCUGCCGUGAUCGUGGAUCUCUUCGAGGUGCGCCACGCCACCGCCGCCAGUGUGGUGCGCAAUGGAUUGGGCAGCUCCAAGGGGGCUUCGUACAUCCUGUACAAUUCGGCUCGACUGGAGACGCUGCUACGCACCUUUGGUGGUCAGGUGCACGCCGGAGUGUACGAGCCACUGCCACCGUUGGGUGAGAUCGAUCUCAGAGUUCUAGAAGAUGAUAUGGAUUGGCAGUUGAUUUACGGCUACCUUUUGACUUUCCCAGAGCUUCUCGAAUCCCUGAUGGAUCAAGUGAAGCAGGGCCAGUGUGGUGUCCAUCUGUUGGUGCGCUUUAUUGACAGUCUGGCCAGUACCUUCAGUCGCUACUAUCGCCACAAGAAGGUGCUGGUCCAGAAGCGCGAUCAACUGAUGCCGAUUUUGUAUGCCAGGAUCUACCUCAUCAUGGCCGUGCGACAGAUCAUGAAUGUGGCUUUGUCAUUGCUCGGCAUAGAGCCGGUGGAUUAUGUAUAGACAUCCAUUGGAUAUGCAUCGUUUACAACUUUAAAAGGAAGCUUAACACGAUGCUUUUAACUUGACAAUAAUCAAAUUACUGUCUGCACAGUAGUUGGUUAUAAAUAACGGAAACUAUGUGAUCUAUUAAUAUCUAUUUGAUAUAGAUUUUAAAUAUAUAUAUAAUAUUAUCAAGUAGAAUAGAUGUCCAUAAUCAUAGAAUUAUGUUGGAUGCAGAACUGAAACAUUGUUACAAAACCAAUUUCCAAUACUUAUCUUCUAAUGAGUAAAAUUAACCGUCAAAUGAAAGACGUUUGGUUUUAUUUUAAAAUAAAGACAUCUUCUAUACAA